AUGAACUGCACACGUGGGACCCACAACACUGGCAACUCCCGCCGCCGGAGGAAAACCACCGUCUCCGGUCGCCGGAAGUAUGGGACCCCCACACCAACCCCUUUUUUGCAUUGGAAGUUUCUUCAAGACGAUAGCAAGAGCAGACAUUCCGCUGCCUCCGGAAGUGGUGGCAGCGGAGGCAGCGGAGGAGCGGCGGGCGGACAAAGAGGUGGUGAUGGUGUUGGUGGUUGUGGGGUUGCAGUGUCGGCUAGGACGCUCGCCGCUGGGCUGUGGAAGCUGGGCUUUGUUGGUGGUGGUGGAGGUGAUAAAGGUUUGAACUUGAAAUAUGUAAAAACUGAUGAAUUGGGGUUAGAGCCUGAUGUUGGGCAGGUAAAUACUGUGUUUCCCUCCCAUCACAUAAGCAGUGAGCAUGGUGCGGAAAAAAUGGAUCUUUUACAGACCCCAGAAUUUGUGUCCAAUUUAAAGCAUGGGAUCCUAUGCAAAGGUAGUUUGGACCCGUUAAAAAUGUCGGAAUACAUAUAUGCUGGACAACUUUUUCUAGAUCAUAAGUAG